AGUGUCGUCAACGUGUACAAUUCCACAACCACUUUCUUUAUUUAUUUACGUAUUUUUUUCUCUUCACACCUUAUUCCCUACUCCACACACCCAUCAUAAAAUCUUUCUCUUAAAAUUCUCUCUCUUCAUAUCUCUCCACCAAAAGCCAUGGGUCCGGUGGUGCUCAGCCAACUAGCCACCGGUCUGAGCGUACUGGCCGGAGCGGUCAUCGUCAAGUCGGUCAUGGACCAGAAGCCCAUGGCAGGCCCAUUCACUCGCUGCCCCACCUGCAACGGAACCGGUCGAGUAACCUGCCUCUGUUCGCGUUGGUCAGAUGGCGACAUCGGAUGCUCCACGUGUUCCGGGUCGGGUCGCAUGGCCUGCAGCAGUUGCGGCGGCUCCGGCACCGGUCGACCCUUGCCGGCCAAAAUCGCGAUUCGCCCUCCCAGCCGCCCCUCUUAAUUCCCCCACCUCUGCUUUUAGCAUUUGAUCAGUCGUUAGUGCCAAAACAUAAUUUUGGACGAGUACGAUGGUAAAGCUAAUGAAUAAGUUAACUCUUGGGAGAAAAGUUAGUUCAAGAACUCAUCAGUGAGACAUUAGAAGAUGAUGAUUGAAAGUCUUUCUCUGUCAUUAGAUUAGAUGGAAGGCGCAGUUGGGUUUUUGGAUUGUUUAGUUUCUUAGUGCGUCUCUGUUAUAUAUGUGAAAUGUGCUGUAAUUAUGUGCAUGUUAGCUGGCUUCCAAGCUUGGACGGAGCAACUAAUCAGGUCAAGUGUUUAAUA